AAAGUCAAGGCUAGUUCUUAAUUGUCCUUUUGAAAUGUGACAUCAAACUGUUAAAAUAUUUAGUAGUAUUUUACUGUUAGUCAUUAACGUAUUACGUAAUGUAUAUAAUAUGGAGGCGUUUGGCUUCUUAAGUUGCUAUUGCAUUUAAUAUUUUUCUUAUUUACAUGGCAUUGGUUCCGGAGCGUGUCAAUAUCACUGAAGGCGCGUUUCUGUCGAGUCGUAUUUUGUAACGAUGGAAUUCGGAUGUGUGAUUAUUAUCAAUAGUGUAUUGUUGUUAUUAGUGAGUGACAGUGACAGUCAUGAAAUCAAAAUUAAAGAUUUCAGUGAAUCAGAAAUUUAUUUAGAUUCUAUGCAAUUAAUAUCUAAAUCUAAGUACCCUGUUGAGAAACAUUUUGUGACAACAGAAGAUGGAUAUGUGUUGACAUUGUUUCGUAUACCUGGACAAGGACCACCAGUAUUACUAGUGCACGGGAUAGGCGAUAGCUCUGACUCUUGGCUGGUGCUUGGACCGAACAAGUCGCUAGCAUAUCGCCUAGCCGAUAACCAAUUUGAUGUCUGGUUGUUCAAUUCUAGAGGAAAUAAGUACAGUAAGAAACACAUCAAUAAAAUAUCGCAAAAUAAAUAUUGGGACUUUAGUUUCGAAGAAAUGGGAUCAAAAGAUUUACCAGCAACUAUAGAUUACAUUUUAUCUAAAACAUCACAAUCUAAAUUAUCGUAUGUAGGAUUUUCUCAAGGUACGACAAUAUUUUUUGUAUUAUGCAGCAUGAGACCUUCGUAUAAUGAUAAAAUCAAACAAGCGAUUUUGCUAGCGCCAGUUGCUACUAUAAAUAAUAUUCAAAGUCCUCUUAUAUCGCUCUAUGCAAAUAUUUAUGACAAAUUGACAUUUUUGGCUGAAGCAGGAGUCAACGAAGUAUUUCCUUCCAAUGUGCUUGUCAGUACGUAUCAUGCUAAGGUAUGCAAUUUGAGGUCCCCAUUGAGGUUCUUCUGUGGAUUAGAAUACUAUUUAAAUUUCGGCUUAAAAGAAUUGGAUAGACUGCCGGAUUCCAGGCUCCCUAUUAUAACCAGUCAUAUUCCUGCUGGAGGUUCGGCAAAAACAUUUUUGCACUUUUUGCAAGGUUAUGUUUUUAAGAGUUUUUGUCGAUACAACUACGGAGUGAAAAAGAAUAUAGCCGUUUACAACUCCUCUACACCGCCAGUUUACGAUUUAUCAUCCAUCAGUGCACCAGUUACCUUAGUGGUCAGUGAAAGUGAUUGGAUUAGUACUAUAAAAGACGCCAGAUUAAUCCAGAAUAAUUUAAAAAAUGUUGUAAGAAACAUAGUUAUCAAUACAACAUUAGAUUUUACACAUUUAGAAUUUGUCUACGGAGAAAGAGUUAAUUCUGUUAUAAACGACCCUAUCAUAAGGUUAAUGAAAAGUUUUUAAUUUAUUAUCCUUACUUGUUUAGACUGAUUAUUGUUUAAGUCAAUAAAGGUUUGUGUAAAUGUUAGUAUUUCGUCUCUAGUUUAUUAUUACACGAGGAGGUAUCA